GACUCGAGACGCGGGACACACGGAGGCCUAGUCUUUGGGCGCGCCUUAGGCCUAUUUCGAAGCCUCGGACCACGCUUUCUGGAAGAGAGAAGCCAGUAGGAGGUGAACGAAAGGGAAAAUAUUGUGAAGAAGGGAGUAAAGAGGAAAGAAAUUAGGCGAAAGAAACAGGGGAGAAAGGGAGAAAGGAAAGACCUAUGUAUGAGGGCAUUAAGCUUCCGAGUGACUACGUUUCGCAUCCGCCUUGAGAAAAAAAAUCAUAUUAUCGGAAAUAACCACAGUAGCAAUCAGAGCAAACAAUAAAUGAAGUAAUAAAUGACUGUUUCCUGCGACUAGACCCAUGCUAUGGCCACCUCCCAAGAUGCCUAUUACCUGUCUCUCCUGGCGCUGGCCGAGAGGUUCCGCACUCAAGAGCCGGCCAACAUCAAGAGGUGUGUGCAGUGUCUCCAGGCGGUACUUACCUUCCGCCCUCCGCCUAAGGUCGAGGCUCGGACACACCUGCAGAUCGCCAACUUACUCAUCCAGUACACGAAUAACACCCAGUUAGCGCAGGAUCACCUUGAGCAAGCAUGGAACCUUUCUAUGAAUAUUGCUGGCUUUGACGAUGUACGUUCUGAGGCAGCCAGCGAACUUGCAAAACUGUACGAACAGACCGGAGGAGUCGCGAGGUCCAAGCCUCUGUUGCGCAGGGCCAUCGAACUCUCCCGCCAGAGUGUCUAUUGGCAUUGCCGUAUCAUAUUCCAAGCGGCUCAAUUGAGUUUAACGGAGGUUGACUAUGCAAUGGCUAGUACCUACUUGCAAAUGGGUUUGGAAUACUGCCACAUGCAGGGUGUUGCCUAUAACCAGGUGCUUUUUCUUCUCAGCAAAAUUAUGGUGAUGCUCCUUGAAGGCCGUGGUGCUGCUGAGGUCCAGGCGUUGCUCGCUCAGGCCAACCAGAGUGUCGAGCAGUACAAUGGAUCACAAGGCCAGAAGGAGCACCUCAGGGUGUUUUAUUUGGUGCUGCUAGUGUGUCACAACCUGAACAGUGGUCAGGUCAAGAGUGUGAAGCCGGCACUCAAGCAACUUCAACAGUCUAUACAGAAUAUUACCCAGCUGUCUGAACAGGAGGUUAUCCCAAGCAGCACGAGUGAGAUGUUUGCAUGGUUACCUCGUGAACAACUCUGCGUUUUGGUGUACCUCGUCUCCGUGAUGCACUCCAUGCAGGCAGGGUAUAUGGAGAAGGCACAAAAGUACACUGACAAAGCGCUGUUACAGAUCGACAAACUAAAGGCUGAAGAAAACACAUCCAUUCUGAGGUCUUUGCAGUUGCUUCUUCUUGAGCACAGUGUUAUGUGCCACCUGAUAAUCGGCUCGAAGGCCCAAGCCAUUAAAGAAAUCGCAAAGGUGUGCCAACUCCUGCAAGAGGAUGCCAAGCAAUUACAGGCUCACCGCGCUCAGUUGCACACUCUGCUUGCAGUUUAUGCCAUGAGUAUGAAUAAUUCUGAAGCUGCUGAAAUACAGUUCAAUGCUGCUUUAAGGACCUCAAAGAACAGAGACCUCUGGAUCUUUGCAAACCUCAACCUGGCUGUAGUUUACCUAAGAUGCAAGCGGGAAAGGGACUUUGCUGACAUCAUGGACAGAAUAAACCCAGAGACGCUGCCCACCCAGUCCCAGAGUUUACGAGCUGCUUCCUUUUAUGUUCAGGGCCUCCACGCUUUCUUCACGAGCCGUCACAAUGAUGGAAAGAGAUUUUUGAGAGAGUCCCUGAAGAUGGCCAAUGCGGAAGACCUGAAUCGCCUCACGUCCUGCUCCCUGGUGCUUCUCGGACACAUCUUCCUGGCCCUCGGAAACCCCAGGGAGGCGCACAACAUGGUCACGCCGGCCAUGCAGCUGGCUUCCAAAAUCCCUGACCUGCAUCUUCAACUGUGGUCCUCAGCUAUACUAAAAGAUUUGUACCGGCAGUUUGGGGAUGUCCCCCACGAGCAGGAGAGCAGCCAGAACCACUACAACUUUUCACAAACGUUACUCACCGACCACACCACGGCCUCUCUCCUUCCCGAACACAGCCUUAUAAAGUGGACGGAUGGGCCAUUCCCUCCCUUCAUUGCGGAAAAGGUUUAAAGGAAGGACACGUCUCUGCAGCUGUCUGAUGGCAUAGGGUAAUGUAAGGGAGGGUUCUGACCAGUGAGUGUAACGCUGGGUGAUCAUUUAUAUUCAGAAAGUUCUUUUUCCCCCUCCCGUUAAUCCUUACCUUAUAGUUCUGACUACUUAAUGUUUUUGUUUUCCAUCGACCUGAUUUUCAUCUUGUUAAACUCUUACUGUGUACAGAAUAUUAUGUACCAUGGAUUGGGUGGAUCAUGUGCCAACAAAGAAGAGGUUGGGAAGAAAAACAAAAAUGAUAUAUGGGAAAAUAUUUAAUAUUUAUAAAUAAGAUUUCCAUUCACCUGAAAGAGAUUUACAUUUUAUACGCUGUGUGAGAUAAUCAAAAUUCAAUAAUUACAGUAUAGUGGCAUUUUCUGUAGAGGAAUGCCAUGAUUUUUAUUUAAGUUAAGAUAUGAUUUGUAAUAUUUCUGUCAUGUGACUUUUGAAUGGUUUCAUUUACCAUACACAGAUUGAUUUUAUUAUUAUUAUACUUUUUAUUAUUAUUAUUAUUAUUAAUAUUUAUUUUAUUUAUUUAUAUUUUUUUCAUUAUUAUUAUGUAUAUGAAAGAGUAAACUUGUUCAAAAUAGACAAAAAUCAAAGAUAAGAGAAAGGUGAGUUACACUUAAAGUACCAUUUGUUACUUUAUUGUUAUAUAAUAACCACAAAAAUUGUUCCAGUUGUAGAGUUUGUUGUAGCUCAUCAUCUCAAAGUUAGCAUUUAACUUGCUUUAUGAGCUUAAGGUUUCAUUCACAUUUAAUUUUCUCGCUUCCCCACAAGAUUUUCUCGUCCUUUUUUGGUUCUCUUUCUUUUUUCUUUUUUUUUGACAGCCACUGCUAGGCUUGCUUGCUUGUCAGUGAUUUUUCUGCACCUAAAUGCCAUUAAAGCAGCAAUAACGGCUUUUCACAGAGAUGCUUUAGGAAGCUUUAGAUAUUUAUCCAGGAAUCAAGCAGAAAGAUUUGAUUACAAGCCAAAUGCUAUUGAUAUGAUUCUCCAAGCUCUGGUCUAAUGCAUUGCUGAUUGUUGUACUGUCAAAGAGGCUUUUGUGCAUUUGUUUCUGGCAGUUUCUUCAACCCCACAGACUAGAAAUAUUCAUGUAUUCAUCUUGGGUUUUCCUUACCUCUGUCGUCACAGUGGGCCAAAGAUAUGCUGAUGCGCAAAUUACAAUCAUGUCUCUGUUAAACCAGUGUGUCUCCAAUUGCACUGCAUAAAUAAUUUGUGACUAAAAUUAGUAAGGGAGAGCUGGAAAUUGAAAAUACAAUGUAUUGCAACAGUGCUUUAUAACUGUUUUUAUUUAUAUCAUGAUAUUAGAAGUGUAAAAGGGGAAUUUAAGUUUUUUCUCAGUGUUGAUAAUUUUGCUUUGCAAUAUCACCAGUGAAUAGUUUUAUUUUUGUAAAAAAUAAUCUAAUCAUAAUAAUCUGGUAAAACCUUUAUGAUUAACAGAGAUGAAAAAGAAAUUUGAAAUUAUGAAUGCUGCUUCAUACAAAUUAUCAUAUCAGCAUUUAUGCAUGUCAGUCAACAUACCUAUGUUUUUUAUAUGUGAUUGCUGCUUCUAAUUUUGCCAGAGAAAAAAAAAAAAAAAAAAAAAGAUAUAUGUGUGAACUUACAGAAACUUUCCAGUACGCUUUAAUGUGACAAAUAACAUUAGUCAGGAUGUAUAUUCUCCUUCAAAGAUUUUCAUGACAGACAGUGCCUCUGUAUUUUUUUAGGAUUUAUGCAUUGUUGAUUUUUCCAUAUGUGGUGUUAUGCUUUUGAGCUUUUGAGAAAUUGUUUGCUUUCAUUGGUAAUUUUUCUUUCCAGGCAGGGCAUAAUUACUUGUAUAGAAAUGUCGUGAUGUAUAUUUUUUUUCCUUUUUUUUUUAAGUACAUUACGACCUACUUCUCAUUCUUAUGUUGGUUAGCGUCAUAUUGUCAGAGGAUUGCCAAAAUGGUGUGUAUUCUACAUUUUGGUCAGGAGAACGUUGUUGUUAAUUUUCUAUUACAUAUUAACUUCUAUUUACUUUUAAUAGAAAGUAUUUAGUGUUGGUAUAGGUUGUAACUUUCUCAAGAUAAAUGCACAAAGAUGUCAUAAUUGUGUGCUCAGUUCGCAAAGAUAAAAAGCUGCACUUUUAUGCAAAAGAUGAUUCUCAGUUUUAUCUUUAAAUCUAUAUUAUACGGAGCGACAUUUUUUUUUAUUGGUUUAUCUGUUGUGUGCAUGUAUUAGAUAUUAAGGCAAACCUUCAGGAGAUGCAUCAGGAAAAUUUCACUUGUUGAAAUUUGUGUCAGAUAGAUUCAGUAGGAGCUGCAUAUUAUCACGCUUUUGUUAAUUGGGGAGAUAGAUAAUGGUUGAUAGAUAUCAGUGGCGCAAAAUUAGCGGUAGUUUAGAAAGCCGAAGCUAAUCAUAAGGUUUUUGGGUUUCAGAUUACUUGUUAAUUUAACAGCAUGUUGUCCAUCAUGUACUCGAGAAUAUGUUGUUGCUUUAAGAAUGACAUAUGUUGCUUCUUGUGUUGUUCUGCAUACUGAUAUGAAAAUGGAAAUGAUGUUGUAGACCAUAAAAAAAUCAUAUUUUUAUGCUUUUGUGUGUGUGUGUGUGUGUGUGUGUGUGUGUGUGUGUGUGUGUGUCUGUGUCUGUGUACACACUUGCGCUUGUUUGUUUAUCUGUCUGUAUCUGUGUCUGUCUCUGUAUCUGCAUCUAUGAGAAUAUAUUGUCUAAGUGAAAACAAGUAUGUAAACGAAAGUGUGAGUGAGUGUGAGAAAGCUCCAUGCUAGUCAAAACCAGGUUGUUAGUUCAUGCAUGGAACCUUGUAUGUGCAUUUAGAGAAGAAAUAUGUAAACCAAGAAAUAUAAAAAGUGCCAAUUAAAGUGCAUUUCAUAAAAUUAUAUUCUUGACAGUGUAUUAAAAGGAGUAAUUAAAUGGUUCAUUGUGUGGUCUUUUCAAAUAGGCUUUAAGAAGUGAGUCAUUAAAACUUAACACUAAGCAGAUAUUAUAUAGCUUCUACUGUGCUAAAAUAUAUAGUAUAAAUUUCUGAUAUUUGCAUUUCAGGUAUUUUACCAUUGUUGAUAUUCAUCUUUGCAGUUGAUGAUUAUUCAGUUGAUAUUACCAUUUUUGUGUAUAAUAUCCUUCAUACUUGAUAAACCAAGCAGAUUUAAUAUUUUUUAAAGUUUGUAGUUUCACAUCUGAGCCAAGAGAUGGAGUCUUUUGUGUGUGAAUGUGAUUCAGAAUAUGAUAAAUUAAUGAAUAAGUGGAAAUUAAUAGUGCCAAGCCUUUUUUUUUAUUUCAGUAUUUUGAAAGUUUUGAAUCUACUUAAAAUUAACGUUCCUAAAAUUUGCCAUUAAACAAAUUUCUCAUUUUUUCUGUUCUUUAUUGGUUAAUUUGUUGAUAACUAUUUUUAAAAAUCCUACCUGUGAGUCAGGGCUUAGGAUAACUUUUCAAGGGGUUGUUUUUAACCCUUAGCCGCUGGGUGGCAUGUACAUACAUGCCAUAGCAUGCUUGGACUAUGUUCCGUGUGGCAUGUGCAUACAUGCAAUGAUGCAUCAAUCUUGUUUUCUGGGGGUAUCUACGGUCAUGCCACGCACACAAGGGUGAUGACACAAACCCCGGGGGGCAGUGGGGCCCGGGCCACUAUGAAUACUAACCAGGAGAGAGGGCUUGCAUAUUAGAAAAUUACCUGUCGGCAUUGGGUUAAAGAAUAAUCCAAGCGCGUUUGCUCUGGAGAGCAUGCAGUGUGACAUAAGUUGUGGGUUGUGUUUUUUGUUUAUCUUGAUCUCAAAGCAAAUUUAAUGUUACAGGAAUGAGGAUGCUGAAUGUUAAAAAGUAAUGAGUUUACUAGAGUUGGGGAAUAAUGCCAAUACUGUUCAGACUUCAGAAUUGUCCUCCACAUGUUCCAAAAUUCCCGAUGAUUGCAACUCGCAGGAAAAAUGAAUCAAUUGUUGCUGAUUUACCUCUUGUGGUACUGGUCCCCCCAAAAAUAAUGGUGAAGCUGAAUACUGCUAGAGAAAUGCUAGUAGUACUAUCGAAUAUGCCUUUCAGUCCUUUAGCAUUUUUAAAAAGGACUACCAGAGGCAACACUGGUAGUUUUUGCAUUUCUUUCCUGGCGGAUGCAACUCGGUAAUAUUUUUUAAUGCAAGUUGAUAAAUGACAUUUUUAAAGUCAUGAAGGACUGGCAGCAUUUCCCAGUUCUGAAAUUUACGACUUCUAGUGUACAUAUUAUUUGUAGUAGGAUUUCGCUUCGUCUUAUGCCACCUCCUUCUGAAAGCAUCCUGUCAUGACACUUUUUACAUUCCUGUAUUUUUUCUCUUGUGUAUUUUCUGAUAUUGAUGAAAGGAAUGUUGCUAAAAUUAAUGAUGAUGAUAGUUAAAAGGAUAAAAUUAGGUAAAAUGGAUAAUGAUGCUGAUGAAUAUCAUUAGUAAUACUCAAUAGAUAGUAAAUAUUAUGGUUAUUUUUGAUAUCAGUAUUCCUACCAUCAGCUUCAUUAUCAUUAUCAUUAGAAUCAUCACAAUAAUUUCUGUUUUAUUUUUCAUCAAUUUGAAGAUCAGGAAUUCUAUGUUCUUGAUAAGUCACUCCUGAUAUCAAUGUACCCAGUUCUUUAACAGAGCCAGAUGGUCAAACCAGUAACAGUGAUUUUAGCACUGUAUCACUAGAUCUCUAUAUCUCUCUUUGAGAAGUCUUUUUUCUUUGCAUGACCAUCCCUCUUCCCUGUAUACAAGCACAUACAUUCACUCACUCACUCAUACACUCACUCACCCACACUCUGUCACUCA